AUGAAGAUUCUUACUGAAGAAGAAAUCGAGGCGCACCACUACCACACACUCUCUGGUGGUGUCAAGGGUACCGUGGCAGGUCUGGUGAUCUCGGGCUUACUGUUCAGAUACGCGCCAGUCAAGUUCCCCAAGUUCCAGCCUAAGCGCAUGCCUUGGUCGCUGAAGACUGCCAUGUUCAUCACCCCUCCAACACUGUUGGCCUCGAUCGGUGCUGAGGAAGCGUCGACGAGCUUCGACAACAUGAUGUACGGAUCGGGUAGUGCAUCACGUGAUGCCAUCGAGGAGCAUCGCCGUUGGAAGUCGCUGCCUCUCUCAGAGAAAUUGACAGAGGGCGCCUCUAACCACAAGUACAAGAUCAUCGUGGCCGCAUGGGCCGCGUCCAUGUGGGGAUCGUGGAAGUUUGUCGACAGAGACCCUAUCAUGACCAAGACGCAGAAGGCCGUGCAGGCCCGUAUGUACGCUCAGGGCCUGACGGUGAUGUUGCUGCUGGGUUCGAUCGGUCUGUCGAUGUACGAGGAGAAGCUGCACCCUGACGCUAAGAAACUCGACCGCUCGAAGCGCUGGGAGCGUCUGCUCGAGCGCGCCGAGGAGGAAGAAGCCCGCGCCCAAAAAGAGGCCGGAUUCCGGAGCAACGAGGACCGUGUCAAGGCUAAGAUUUUCAAAUAA